AUGGCGCCGAAGAAGACACCGAAGGGCAAGUCCGUUUUCUUCGACGUGAGGGCGAAGCCCUCCGGGAACUUCGGAGUGGAUUUCUCCGAUGUCGGGCGGCGUUGGUGGCUCGGCACAUAUCCCACCGCCGAUGAGGCCGCGCGUGCCUACAACAUGGCGGUGUGGCGUGCCGGACGGCCGAAGACGGACCUCAACUUCCCAGAGGUCGAGUCCCAGGCGGUGGCGGAGUUGCUUGUGCCGCAGGGCAUCCGGAUGGAGGAGAUGCCGGUGAAGAAGGCGAAGAAGAGGCCGGCGGUUGUCGUCGCUCCCGGCGAGAGUGACGAGGCGGCGAUGGCUCGGUUUGCGCGAGAGCAUCCGCAGUACGUCCAGGCCGAGCUGGAGCACUAUUGGAAGCGCGACGUCGAGGCGAAAAAGAAGGGGGUGAAGAAGGAGGACGAGGCCGGCCCCUCGACUGUGAUCCCUAUCGAGUCGUCGGAUGAGGACUGGGGUGACUCAGAGGAGGAGGAGGAGGAGGAGGAGGAGGAGGGGUGCGAUGACCCGACCAAGGACGAGUUCUGGGAGCAGUUCCGCAGCUCCGACGACGAGGAGUAG